AUGUCUCCAACAAUGAUAGCAGGCUUUACGUGGGCCGAGACGGUCAUAAGUGCCGGGAUGGUUGUGAUAGCCUCGUUUUUGAUGAGGCUGACUCAGACAAACCCGGCUCCCCUGAUUGUUUUGAUCCUCGUCUUCUUCUUUGCAGACACACAUGUUGCCACAACCAUAGCGAAUGCAUGCGCGUGCGCCCUGACACUUCCGGCGUUUAUCUUAGACGCCUUCCGACACAAAAAGUACGACGCCUUCUCUCCCUUGCUUCAGUGGGACCUUCUCAUCCUCUUUCAGCCCUUCAGUUUGCUCGGCGCUUUGGCAGGAUCAAUAUGUAACGCCAUUUUCCCCUCGUGGGUCCUCAACAUUUUUGUCUGUCUAUUUCUGAUCCUAGUCGUCGGAAAACGCAUUUCCUACUUAUUUUUGAUAAAGUCCGAUAUUGAGGAAGAAAAGGCUCUGCUUCGUCAAGAUCAGUUUACUGCAGCCCCACAGCUAUAUCCGCAUGACAAUACAGCCAGACACGUAAGGCAGGCGAGUUAUCUGCAAAGACUCUCGUCGAACACUAAAACCCAGCACAACUCUAUUGCAUCCACACGGAAAAGCCCCAGUGUGUGCCUUAUUCGGAAUGAGCAGAUGCACAUCUACACCCUUGGACCUACAAAUGCACAGAUCCCGGAAACCUUCGGUGAGCCAACCACCGGGCCAAAAACCUGUACAAAUCAAAGUAGCCUGGCUACUACCGAGUCCCUUGAGCACUCCAAGCUUGUGGAGCAGCUUCUGGAGGGCCACUCCGUGUCAGCAUAUGAAAGCAUGAACUUCGGCCUCACGUCGUCCUCACGUAGUUCUUCGUCAGACAGCGUCGUCAAUCAAGCAUCUUGCCCCCAGAAGAAGGUCAUUCAUGGGGUCUCCUUCAAAGACCAUCGGAGAAAUCUGUCUUUCAUGGCUCGCAACAAGCAGAAGACUGUACCCAAAUCCAUUCCAGUACCUGUCAAUGGUCCUAAGAGCAAGGCAUCCUCCAGCGCAACACCAACCUCGGCAGUUUCUCAGGGAAAGGUCUUUCAAGCACACACACCUGCAGCAAAUCGUCGCACCGACUUCCUUCAACAAAAUGAGCAUAACUCAGAGAGCGAAAUCAAGGAAAUAACAGUUCAGCUAACUGAACAAAACAGCAUCCAAGACUGCAGAGUCCAGUCUCACAGCGCGCUUGAGCUUAUGUGUGAGAGCCGUGAGGUCGUUCCCUCCAAGUCCUUGGCACCAGACUUGGGCGAUGCUAUGAACAAAUCUGGCACCUGCUCUACAAGUAAGGCUGAUAAGAUGUUACUAGAGGUCUCGGAUCCAUGUAUACAUGAAGACAACGCCGAAAAUAGCUUUCUUCACAACAAUCCUCUAAACGAUAUACCGAAGGCAAUUCCGUUGACAGACAAAGGGACAAUUCGAGGGUUUGGGAUCUCCCAUUUCAACGCCGUUGAUCCACUGCGUACAUCUAUGUUCUGGUUCCUUGAGGUUCUCGUUCUGGCCGCCAUCGGGUUGGCCAUUCGCUUCAACACUAUAAAGGGAUCUAGUUGUAAUGCAUUGCUUGCCACUUUCCUGGGUGUCGCAUGUGCGCUGUCUCUUGUCCAGGCAGUGUUCCAGAUGGCUGUUAUUAGGAUCAGGAUCAAGGCAUUCUAUACGCUGGUUAACGAAUCACUACUGACAACCAGCACGGACGAGCAUAUUCGUAGAUACAAGCUCACGUGUGGGACCCUCAGGCCCGAGCCCCUAGUGUUCAUAAAAUCCCAUAUCAAGAUAGCACUAUACAGUUUUGCAUCUGGCCUGACAGUGUCUCUCGUUGGCUACGGCGGCGACCUUGUCGUUUCAGGUCUGUUUGACAAGCUACAAAUGCAUAGACGCACUUUUGUGGCGUUGCAGUUUGCAUACAUCUUUUUCAGCUCUCUCUACGCACUCCUCAUGGAGCUGGCUUUUAACAUUGUGUGCGUUACUCCAACUGUUACCUAUGCCGCUGCUACUCUUGUGGUCGGCCUCCUGGCAUAUGCGCUCUGCGAUCGGCUAAUGGAGAGGCUAUCCACACGGGGAAUUUGCAUUAUACACAUCCUAUACUCGGUGUUCUACGUCGUCACCUUCCUUGUCGCCAUCUCCUACCUCAUCAUGUUCUUUGUGUCGGCAGCGACGACCGGACACGUAGGCGGCACAGAGCCCCUAUGUUUAGAUAAGCGGCCUUAUUGCGUCAGCCCUAGAGCCAACGAAACGGCCCAGUUGUGA